AUGGACUUAGUAAGUUUUGUGAUGCUGCUUCUUCUUCUUUUGACUUGCACCACUCUUUAUUCUCUCCAUUAUCUAAAUGUAAGAAGAAGCAAAGCAAACUAUAAGCUUCCUCCAGGACCUUCUCCUCUUCCCAUCAUUGGAAACCUACAUGAACUUGGAAAUAAACCCCACCAUUCUUCAGCCAUUCUUGCCAAGAUUCAUGGCCCCAUAAUGACUUUGAAGUUGGGACAAUUAACCACCAUAGUGAUCUCUUCAGCUGAAAUGGCCAAAAUGGUGCUUCAAACCUAUGAUCAGUUCUUAUCGAAUCGCACCGUUCCGGAGGCAGCAAGAGUUCACAAUCACCAUAUUCAUAGCAUUGCCUUCAUGCCUAUGACACCUCUUUGGAGAUCCCUUAGGAAGAUAUGCAACAAUCAGUUAUUCACCAACAAGACUAUUGACGCGAGGCAAGACUUGCGGCGCAAGAAAGUGCAAGAACUCCUUGGGGAGAUCCAUCAAAGCAGCCAAAUUGGAGAAGGAGUGGAUGUUGGAGAAGCAGCUUUCAAGACUACAAUAAAUUUAUUGUCCAACACAAUUUUUUCAAUGGAUUUGAUUCAAUCUUCAGGUUCUGCUGCACGGUUCAAGGAUUUAGUUGCCAAUAUCACCAAAGAGAGUGGAAAACCAAACUUGGCUGAUUAUUUUCCAGCCUUGAGAAUGGUUGAUCCACAAAGAAUUAAAGCACACAAUGCCAUUUAUGCUGGGAAGUUAUUGGAUAUCUUCCAUGACUUGAUUUACCAAAGGAAGAAGUUGAUACUGAAAACAGGUUCUGACACCAAUAAGGACAUGUUAGAAGCUCUUCUUAACAUUUCUCAAGAGAAUAGCAAAGAGAUGGACAAAAUAAAUAUUGAACAUUUAAUGCUGACCUUAUUUGUUGCUGGAACAGAUACAAUCACAUCUACAUUAGAAUGGGCAAUGACUGAAUUACUCAGCAAUCCAAACACUAUGAGAAAGGCUAAAAGGGAGCUUGAAGAAACAAUUGGAAAGGGAAACCAAGUUGAGGAAUCAGACAUAGCAAGAUUACCAUAUUUACAAGCAAUAUUGAAAGAGACAUUGCGUUUGCACCCUUCAGUGCCUUUUUUGAUCCCAAGAAAAGCUGACACUGAUGUAGAAAUCAAUGGCUAUACCAUACCAAAAGGUUCACAAGUGCUAAUCAAUGUUUAUGCUAUUGGAAGGGAUUCAAAUGUAUGGAAGAAUGACACAAAUUUGUUCUCACCAGAGAGGUUCUUGGGAUUAGAAACUGAUGUUAGAGGGAGGCAUUUUGAGUUGAUACCAUUUGGUGCUGGUAGAAGAAUAUGUCCUGGUUUAACAUAUGCUAUGAGGAUUUUGUUCUUGAUGUUAGGUUCAUUGGUUAAUUGUUUUGAUUGGAAGCUUGAAAAUGAUUCAAAAGCUGAGGAUAUUGAUAAGGAAGAAGAAUUUGGAAUAACAUUAAGAAAGUGUAAACCCCUUAGAUCCAUUCCAAUCAAAGUAAAUAACUAA